AUGCCGCAGUUCGACGUCUUCCGAGCCAAGAUGCAGGCAGCCGGUCUAUCCACCGAGGCCAUCAAGGCGUUCGAGUACUCGUACGAGGCGCUCGUGAGCGGCGAGACGGGCAUGAUCACCGAAGCCUCGAUCAAGUCCGUGGACGACCUGCCGUACCUUGAGAACAAGGCCGGGAGCAUCCGCGAGUCGAUCAAGGCGGACCCAGCGCUGCUGAAAGAGACGGUCGUGCUCAAGCUGAACGGCGGGCUCGGCACCAGCAUGGGGCUGGACAAGGCCAAGUCGCUGCUCACGGUCAAGGGCGACGACACGUUCCUCGACAUUAUGGCGAAGCAGGUGACGGAGCUGCGGAGCGCGCACAAGUCGCACGUGCGCUUCGUGCUCAUGAACAGCUUCAGCACGAGUGCCGACACGCUCGAGUACCUGCAGAAGUACCCGGAGCUCGUCGAGGACGAGACGUUGGAGCUACUCCAGAACAAGGUGCCAAAAGUGGAUGCGUCCAACAUGGAGCCAGCUGUGUACUCGUCGAACCCGUCGAAAGAGUGGUGCCCACCUGGACACGGCGACUUGUACGCGUCGCUCGCUGGCUCGGGCAAGCUCGACAAGCUUGUCGCAGACGGCGUCAAGUACAUGUUUGUGUCCAACUCGGACAAUCUGGGCGCGACGCUCGACUUGGACUUGCUGACGUACUUUGCGCAGUCGGGCAAGCCGUUCCUCAUGGAGUGCUGCGAACGCACGGAGAAUGACAAGAAGGGGGGACACCUGGCGGAACGAACCGCUGAUGGUCGUCUCGUCCUGCGGGAGUCGGCUCAGUGUGCUGACGAGGAUGAGAAGGAGUUCCAGAACAUUGCCAAGCACCGCUACUUUAACACGAACAACUUGUGGAUCCGCCUGGACAAGCUCCAAGAGGAGCUCAAGCAACAGGGAGGUGUCAUUCGUCUGCCUAUGAUUAAGAAUUCCAAAACAGUAGACCCCAAGGACUCGAGCUCGACGCCGGUGUUUCAGCUGGAGACUGCCAUGGGUGCUGCUAUCGAGUGCUUUGACGGAGCUGGUGCUGUGUGCGUCCCGCGGACGCGUUUCGCGCCUGUGAAGAAGUGCGAUGACCUGAUUCUAUUGCGGUCGGAUGCAUACGUGAUCACGGAAGAUUACCGUCCAAUUAUCGCACCAGAGCGCGAGGGCGUGGCCCCGAUCGUGUCGCUGGACUCGAAGCACUUUAAGUUGGUGCAGCAGCUCGAGGCUGCGGUGCGUGGCAACGUGCCGUCGCUGAUCAAGUGUGAUCGCUUGAAAAUCACGGGCAAUGUUGGCUUUGCGGCAGGGGUCGUAUUUGAAGGAUCAGUGGAGGUCGUGAACAAGAGCUCCGAGCAGAAGACUGUCCUGGCUGGUACGUACAAGGACACAGUGGUGGACUUGAGCGAGCAGAAGGGUCUGGGCAAGCUGAAAGUGACGACCGUGAAGACGACUCCAUUCCAGGACCAAAAACCCGGCACCUCAGGUCUGCGUAAGAAGACCAAGACUUUCAUGAGCGACAACUACCUGCAGAACUUUGUAGCUUCUGUGUUCGACGCACUUCCCGCAAAGGACCUGAACGGUGGCACGCUCGUUGUAUCCGGCGAUGGUCGCUACUUCAACAAAGACGCCAUCCAAAUCGUCAUCAAGAUGGCUGUAGCUUACGGUGUCGACCGCCUUUGGAUCGGAAAGGAUGGUCUUCUGAGUACGCCGUGUGUGUCAGCUGUUGUGCGUGAGCGCGAGGGUGGCAGUGUCGCAUUUGGUGCAUUCAUCCUGUCGGCCAGCCACAACCCUGGUGGCCCGGACGAAGACUUCGGUAUCAAAUACAACUGCGAGAACGGUGGUCCCGCGUCUGAAAAGGUCACGGAAGAGGUAUACGCUUUGUCGAAGGUGAUCACGUCGUACAAGAUCGCCUCGGAGUUCCCCACUAUUGACAUUGCCAAGAUUGGUACGACCAGCGUCGCUGCUGACGACGAGAGUCGUACGAUCACGGUGGAGGUCUUCGACUCGGCUGAACACCACGUGGACUUGCUGAAACAGAUCUUUGACUUUCACGCGAUCAAGAAGCUGGUGUCGCGCUCAGACUUUUCCUUCGUCGUGGACUCGAUGUCAGGCGUGAACGGUCCGUACGCUCGCCGUGUGUUUGUGGAGGAGCUGGGCUGUGACGAAUCGUGCCUACUGAACGCCACUCCGAUGAAGGACUUCAACGGCUGCCACGCCGAUCCGAAUCUGACGUACGCCAAGACCCUGAUCAAGGCCAUGGGUGUCGAUGCUAAGGGCCUGCCCGUCCUCGGCCAGGAGCAGGAUCCGCCUUCGUUCGGUGCCGCCUGGGAUGGCGAUGCUGAUCGUAACAUGAUUCUGGGCUCGCGCUUCUUUGUGACGCCUUCGGACUCCCUUGCCAUUAUCGCUGCUAACUGUACCGUGAUCCCGUUCUUUAAGAAUGGUCUGCGCGGCGUGGCGCGUUCGAUGCCAACGAGUGGUGCGGUGGACCUUGUGGCCAAGAAGCUCAACGUGCCGUUCUUCGAAGUGCCGACUGGGUGGAAGUUCUUUGGCAACUUGAUGGACUCGAAUGUUGUGUUUGGCAAGGAGGACUACACGCCAUUCAUUUGUGGCGAGGAGAGCUUCGGAACGGGAUCGAACCACAUUCGUGAGAAGGAUGGCAUGUGGGCUGUGCUGAGCUGGCUGUCGAUCUUGGCGUCGAAGCAGGUGGACGGUGCUCCGCUCGUGACUGUGGAGGACGUUGUUCGCGACCAUUGGAAAAAGUUCGGGCGCAACUACUAUUGCCGCUACGAUUACGAGAAUGUGGACAAGGCUGCUGCUGAGGUCAUGUUUGCGGACAUGACAAAGUUCGAUGGUGUGGCAGGCAAGGAGAUUGACGGUUUCAAGAUCGAAAAGGCCGAUGAGUUCGAGUACGUCGACCCUGUGGACGGCAGUGUGUCCUCGCACCAAGGCAUCCGUUACCUGUUUGAGGGCGGAUCGCGUGUCAUCUUCCGGCUGUCCGGCACGGGCGUUGCCGGUGCGACUGUCCGUAUGUACAUUGAGAAGUACGAGGAGCCGACGGGCAAUUUGGGCCAGAACGCCGCUGAAGCGCUGGAGAAGUUGAUUAACGUGGGUCUCAAGCUGUCGGACCUGCAGAAGAAAACUGGUCGCAGCACCCCCACAGUCAUCACUUGA